GACCCGUCGGUUGUAUCCGCGCUUGGCAAUAUUUAUUCACAAUAAUCGAAUACAGCACCCCCGCCCACCCGUUCAAAGUGUUUCCCACCUUGUAAUUUUAUUUUUAUUUUUAUUUUGCUCUUCCCUGUCUGUCCCACCUUUCGGACGCGCCGCCACACACACAAAAUGCGUCGCGCAGACGCUUUUGCUGUGACCGUUUGUGCGAGUCUCCUCGCGCUGCUGCAGAUGAUGGAACCGGUCAAAUGCGAGGGCAAGUACACCAUUGUGGGACCUGGAACCAUACACUCGCAUCGCGAUUACAAUGUGGCCGUGGCCGUGCAUCAGACCGCGGAGCCGGUGACCCUCAAGAUUGGCAUCACAGGACCCUCGUUCAACGAGACCCAAACGGUGGAGCUUGCCAAGUCGGAUGAGUUCAAGCAGAUAACCUUCAAGCUGCCGCCCCUGGAGACGGGCGACUACAAUCUGACGGCCGAGGGCAUAUCGGGCCUGAAAUUUGUGAACACAACAAAGCUCAACUACGAUGACUUCAAGCCGUACAUUAAGAUACAAACCGAUAAGGGAAAGUACAAGCCCGGCGACACCAUCAACUAUCGCGUCAUCUUCCUGGACGAGAACCUGCGACCGGAGACGGCCGAUGACAAUGUCGUUGUGUGGUUCGAGGACACCAAAAGCAACCGCAUCAAGCAGGAGAAGCACAUCAAGACCACCAGUGGAGUCUACACCGGAAAGUUUGAGCUCUCCGAGUUUGCCACGCUGGGCACCUGGACACUUCUGGUGCAGAAUGGCGAAUCCCAGCAGGGCCGCUCAUCCUCAUUCUAUCCUGGCGGACGACCCUUUGGCCACUGGCGUCGUUCCGAUGAGCGUGUCUCCUUUGAGGUGGAGAAAUAUGUGCUGCCCAAGUACACCGUCAAAAUGGAUGCCACGCAGCAGGUGUCCGUCCGAGAUGGUGACAUGAACGUAGUGCUGAAGGCCAACUAUACGUAUGGCAAGCCCGUCAAUGGCAAGGUCUUGGUGAAUGUGUACAUGGAUGAGACCAGUUCAUGGGAGAAUGUGGAUGGCAAAUCGGUGCGCACUGAUUUCCCCGGCCACUCGGUAAUUGGCAUUGCGGACAUGGUCAAUGGCAAGGCCAAGUUGGACUUUAAUCUGAAGGAGUUUGCCAGCUAUUUGCCACACAAAACGUCGUCAACGUAUGCCCAGAUUACGGCCACUGUCGAGGAGGAUUUUACGGGCGUGAAACUCAACGAAACUGGUGGCGUCCAGCUGUAUCCGUAUCGCUAUGAGAUGUCCUGCACGGACUUUUCCUCCUGCUAUUCGUUCAAGCCCGACAAGGAGCAGGAGCUUGUCUUUAAGAUAACCCUGGUCGAUGGCACACUGCUGACAGACACCAAGUCGGUGGUCAAGGCAAAGUUCACCGAAGGCAUACGUCAUACCUAUGGCUUCUAUCACUAUGGCAGCGAGGAGAAGCAGCCCGAACUGCCGAAGAUUGAGAAGAAAACGUUCGAGUUCGAGAGCCAUUUGAAUGCGUCGAGUCUGGUGCCAUUCAAGAUCACGCUGCCCGAUCUGCCGGACAUGGAGAACUAUACGCGCUACUACAGCAUUGAGCUGGCGUAUGCCGAUGAGAAGCGCGAACUCUACACCACCUAUCCGUAUAGGGAGCCGAAGAAAAUCGAGAUCGAAACCGACGCCAGCGACGAGGAAAAGGAGAAGGAGUGGUUCAAGGCGGAAGUGAGGCGACCAAAGGACACCUGGAGCCUGAAGAUUGGCGAAGAGUACCAAGUAACCUUGAACUCCAGUCGCCCACUCAAGUACUUUUUCUACAACAUCAUUGGACGCGGCAAUGUUCUGCAGACGGAGCGAGUGGAUCUGGCCGAGCCGCAGAAGGUCUACAACAUCACACUGAAGCCCACAUUCCUGACCGCGCCCCAUGGCCGCAUCUAUGUGUACUAUGUGGAUGAAACGGGUGAGUUCCGCUACGCCGAGGACACCUUUAGCGUGGAGGUUGAGCUGCAGAACAAGAUUGAGAUCACGGCCCCCGAGGAGGUGAAGCCGGGUGCCGAUGUUGAGCUGGAAAUCAAGACACCGCCCAAGUCAUUUGUUGGCCUGCUGGCUGUGGAUCAGAGCGUUCUGCUGCUGGGCAGUAAUAACGAUCUGGAGAAGGACUCCUUCAACUGGCGCUUGGGCGGCUAUGACACGUCCACACCCUGGCAGGGUGGCUUCUCCUACUAUCCCGGCGAGCGCAGCGGUGUGGUUACCAUGACCAAUGCCUAUUUCUUCUACAAUCGCACCGCUCCUGCCAGCCAUCCACAGGCUUUUGCUUCUUUUGGUGGAACAGUUUCGGCCAUGCGGAAGACGGCCAUCGCGCAGGAUGCGCCUGUCUACCAUACAACAACCGCAGCAUUGGGCGCUGUUCCAGCGGCAGGAUUCUCUGCAGAGUCGGCCUCGGCUGCACCAGUGGUCCGCAAGAACUUUGCGGAGACUUGGAUAUUCGCCGACAUUGAAAGCACCGAGACAGAGAUCUUCAAGUGGGUGAAGACCAUUCCCGACACCAUCACCAAUUGGGUGCUCACUGGAUUCUCCCUGAACGCUGAGAAGGGACUCGGCGUGACCGACCAUAAGGUGAACGUUAAGACGUUCCAGCCCUUCUUCGUCUCCAUCCGUUUGCCCUACUCCGUAAAGCGCGGCGAGCUGAUUAAUGUGCCAGCCUUGGUCUUCAACUACUUGCCCAAGAACUUGGAUGUGGAGCUAACGUUGGACAAUCAGGAUGAUGAGUUCGAGUUCGUCGAUGCCUCCAAUGAGGUGAUUGGCGAUCAAAAGCGCACUCAUGUCAUUCGUGUGGGAGCCAACGAGGCAGCUGGUGCCUCAUUCCUCAUUCGCCCCAAGGUUAUUGGCAAUAUUUUGCUGAAGUUUGCAGCCAUCUCGCCUUUGGCUGGCGAUGCUGUGCACAAGUCGCUUAAGGUAAUACCCGAAGGUGUUACCAAAUAUCAGAAUCGCGCCUUCUUCGUCAAUCUCAAGGAUGUGGGGGAGUACAAGAACACCUUUGAGCUGGAGGUGCCAGAGGACAUAGUGCCGGACUCACAACGCGUCGAAUUCGGACUUGUUGGCGAUCUGCUCGGACCGGUGAUCAGGAAUCUGGAGAAUCUGCUGAGAUUGCCCAGCGGCUGUGGCGAGCAGACAAUGUCCAAGUUGGUUCCCAACUAUUUGGUGAGGGACUACCUGAAGAGCAUCAAGAAGCUGACGCCAGCCAUUGACACACGCAUCAAGCGAAACCUGCAGGAGGGCUAUCAGAAUAUGCUGCACUACCGUCACGAUGAUGGCAGCUUCAGCUCCUUCGGCCCUGGCAAAUGGAGGGACGAAGACCCUGAACGCAAUGGCUCCACUUGGCUGACCGCCUAUGUGCUGCGCUCCUUUGGUAAAAUCAAAGAUAUCAUUGAUCUGGAUGAGAAAAGCUUGGAGAGUGGCUACGAAUUCCUGCUGAGCCGUCAGGCCGAGAACGGCAGCUUCACCGAUGCCGGAGAAUAUUUCUAUGGAUCACAGCGCUCCUCUCUGACCCUUACAGCCAACGCCCUGUUGGCGCUGCUCGAGCAGGACAAGAAGAACCAGACGGCCAUCGACAAGGCUGUGUCCUAUCUGAGCGCAAACACGGACAAGUCCGAGGAAUUGCUGCCCAAGUCCAUAGCCAUUUAUGCCCUGCAAAAGGCCAAGGCUCCGGACGCCGCCAAGCAUGUGGCCAGCCUCAAAGCGCUGGCACAGCAGGAAGACGAUCGCACUUGGUGGACGGAGGACACAGAGAAGCUGCGAUCUUCCAGCGGCUGCGCCCGUUGGUGGUGCUGGGUGUGGAGCCACGACGUGGAGAUCACCUCCUAUGCCCUGCUCACUCUGCUGGAAACGGAGCAGGAGACACCGGAUUCGGUGUUGAACUCUAUCCGCUGGCUGGUGGCCCAGCGCAAUAGCUUCGGAGGGUUCGCCUCCAGCCAAGACACGGUUGUAGGUCUGCAGGCCCUGAUCAAGUUCGCCCAGCAGUCGGGCUAUGAAGCAGCCAAGUGGGAGCUGAAUGUCUCGAACAAGGGAAAGCGAGAGAAAACCGAGAAACUGAGCGUAACGGAGGAGAAUGAUCUGCUGCUGCAGACUGUCGAGUUUCCACAGGGCACCAAGUCGCUGGAGUUCGAGGCCAAGGGCACGGGAGCAGCUCUUGUUCAGAUCAGCUAUCAAUACAAUGUGGUGGAGAAGGAAGCAAAGCCCAGCUUUAAAAUACAAACUAUUGUGCGGCCAGAGUCCUCGCCAGCCAAGCUGGAGCUGAGCGUGUGCGUGGAGUACGUUGAGCAGGGCAAGGCAAAGGCCUCCAACAUGGCCAUACUCGAGGUAUCCUUGCCCUCUGGGUAUACCGCCGAUGAAGAUAGCUUUAAGAACAUACAGGCCAUUGAGCGUGUCAGGUUGGUGGAAACCAAGAACGGCGACUCUGUGGUCGUUGUCUACUUUGAGCAUCUGCUGCGGGAUGAAAUCAAAUGCAUACCCUUCGAGGCUUUCAGAACCCAUGCGGUGGCCAAUCAGAAACCAGCUCCCGUUGUCCUCUACGACUAUUAUGAUACGAACAAGAAGGCCACCGAAUUUUAUCAACUCGAAUCGAAGCUCUGUGACAUUUGCGAAGACUCUGAGUGCAAGAGCAAGUGUUAAGUUAAGCUAUCUGAACCAAAUUUACUGAUUAUCUGAUUUUCUAUCACCAAUAAAUAAAGAACGUAAUAAUGUGA